AUGGCCACAGCCAAUUCAUUGAGCGGGCGAUGCUCGAACCAGCUUCGAAGCGUACUACGCCUCACAAGACCAAUAGCCAACCAACAGUGUGGGCAGAGCAGUUCUCACAAGCGAAGCCCAGGUUAUCUUCCACUCUCUGCACAACCCGCAGCGAAGAUACCUGGUCGCCAACAGCCCCAGCGAAUGCUCCAUGUAACCACUAUCCGUCAACAAAGCGAGACAGUCUCAGGCAGUGACAAGAACAGCAGCGGCGACAUCAUCUGCUCUGUGACUCCCUCGCCGAGCGGGGAUGGACGGACGGUGGCCACCGUGACAAUCUCCAAUGCCGCACGGCUAAACAGCCUCAACAGCACCCUGAUCGGCAAGCUCACGGCGACACUACGAUCACUCGCUCGUGAGCCCAACUUGAGCUGCGUAGUCCUCAAGGGCGCCAUAUCAGAGAGCAAAGUCGCCGCAUUCAGUUCCGGCGCCAACAUCUUUGAAAUGGCUCGGAUCAACAACUACGACGACGCCAAAGACUUUAUCUCGCGUCUCCAUGGGGCGUGUCAGGCGGCCAGGGAUUUGCCAGUGGUUACCAUUGCGCAGAUCCACGGACUGUGCUUUGGCGGUGCGCUGGAGCUGGCGGCGGCGUGUGACUUUCGAUACGCGACGCACGAGUCGUCCUUCAGUAUGCCGGAGACGAAAUACGGAAUCCCGUCGGUGAUCGAGGCGAGGCUCCUGGCGAACAUUGUUGGCUGGCAGCGGACAAAGGAACUGGUGUACCUCGCAAAAAUCUACAAUGCAAAGGAGAUGGAGAAGUGGGGGUUGAUUGACGCCAGUUACGACAAUGCCGAGAUGCUCCAGCGGGAAGUCGACAAGGCAGUGGAACUCGUGACCUCGAAUGGGCCGGAAGCUAUGAGGGCGCAGAAGAGACUGGUCACACUGUGGGAAGAGACAAGUCUGAGCUUUGGCGUCAAGGCAGGAAUCGAUUCCUUUGCAAGCAUGUUCAGCGACGGAGGAUCUGAGCCGGCCAAGUACAUGAGAGUAUUCACCGAGAGAAAGCACGGCAGAGGCUGA